AUUUCCUUUCUCUCUCUCUCUCUCUCUCUCUCUCUCUCUUCGUCCUCAGUUCAUCUCCGUCCAAUAAAACCCUAAUUUCGUAUGUGUAGCGUUUCACUCCAGCACGGAGCUGUAAAAUUAAGCUUCAAAGGAGCAAAUUAGGGUUCCGUAUAUAUGUCCUAUAAUCAAUCGAGGUCCGACAGAGGUGACACACAAUACCGGAGAACUGGGCGUUUGGCCGGUUACCAUCAGCAGCAGCAGCAGCGAUCAGCCUCCGGCGGUUACGGUAAAGGCGGCGGAAGCGCAGCCUCCGCGCCCGCCCGUCCCUCUGCCGUCGACUCUUCAGUAUCCUCUGCAUCGUCGUUUUCCUCGAAUCGCAGCUUUAAGAAGCCAGGCAAUGUUCUAGGAGGGCAGUCUCGGGUGAAUUUGUCGCCUGCUAAUCAUUCGGUUUCCAAGGACGCUCCUCUUCCUCCUGACUGUCAGAAUGGUUCCAAUGUACAGUCUCGGUCUCAGGUUAUUAGUGAAGCCACCAAUCAAACCGAUUCUUACUCUACCGGCAGAAGCAUCCGAGCUAUUCCAAAGGCUCCAACUUCUCAGUCUUCCACCGUUAAUUCCAAGACCAAUGAGCCGUCAGCCCCUGCUAAGGCCUCCGCGGAUGCAUCUAAAGCAUUUUCUUUCCAAUUUGGAUCACUUGGUCCUGACUUAAUGAAGAUUCCUGCUCGAACUAGCUCAGCGCCACCAAAUUUGGAUGAGCAGAAACAUGCGCAGAUGCACCAAAGUUCUUUUAAGCAAGUGCCAGAUCCGCCAAGUCCUGUCCUUAAGCAAGAUUUACCAAAUAAGGUUAUGGAUAAUCAUUCCAUCAAUAAAGAAGCCCAUGCAACAGCUAAGGAAAAAAGGGAUGUUCAGGUUGCACAUGUUACCCCUCCAAGUCCGACUCAAAAGCCCACCGGCUUACCUAUUCGGAUGCCUUCUGUGCAGACUCCUUAUCAGCAUCCUCAGGUUCCUCAUCCUGUGCAUUUUGGUGGCCCAAAUAUGCAUUUGCCGCCUCAGAAUGUCUCUGCCACCCCAUUUCAGAUGCCAAUGCCUAUGGCAUUAUCUAUGGGAAAUACUCCACAAAUUCAGCAGCAAAUGUUUCUUCAAGGUCUACAAUCUCACCCGAUGCCUCAUCAGGGUAUGAUGCAUCAGGCACAGGGAAUGGGUUUUGCAACUCCUAUUGGUGCUCAGAUUCAUCCUCAGUUAGGUCACAUGGGUGUGGGUGUGGGUGUGGGUGUGAGCCCACAUCAUGAGCAGCAUGGAGGAAAAUUUGGUGGACAACGUAAGGUCACUCCUGUCAAGAUUACUCAUCCUGACACACAUGAGGAGCUGAGGCUUGACCGGCGAGGCGAUAAUUAUUCAGACAGUAGAUCGGUGGCUGCGAUUCAUCCCAAUAUGCCUCCAAGAUCCCAGCCAGUACCAUCUUUUGCUCCUCGCCCAGUUAAUUAUAUGCAGAGCUCAUAUAACACCAACGCCAUGUUCCCCCCUGUUUCUGUACCGCUAAACAGUAGCCCGAUGACAUCCAAUUCCCAAGCACCAAGAUUUAAUUUUCCAGCUCAAGGCUCUCAGAGUGGACAAGUUGUCUAUCAAUCUGCUCAUAGCUCAUCACAACUAAUCAGACCCACUGCCCCUUCUCGUAGUUCUUCUGUUUCUUCAUCUGCGCCGCAUGAACGCGAUUCACAAUAUGCAAUUUCAUCUGGUGCACCUGCAACUGCAAAGGUAACGGUGAAGCCAGCUGCUGCUUCUGAAAAACUCGGAUCACCUCAAGUAAUGAGGUCAUCUGGGGAAGUUAACAUUUCUUAUCCACAAAAGAAUGUGGAUUCUGGUUCUAUGAGCUCUUCACAGCAAAUGAAACCUGGAUCUGUCUCCGGGGUAUCCACCUCAUUUGCUCCUCCCGCUACUUCAUCUGGGGAGAAUGCUCCAGUUGCAAAAACUGAAACCGGACUAGGUGAGACGGUGGAUGAGUCAAACCUUAUUGAAGAUCACCAGAAGCAAACAGGCAAGAAGGAAUCGCCUCGUCCUUCAAACGAGGAUAUUGGCCAGGUUAAUCAAGAACCUCAGAUUUCUGAUUAUGGUCUACCCUCUGAUCAGUUAACUUCUGAAACAAUUAAUCCUAAGGAAGAUCCAUCGCUUCCACCUACCAAUGGGCUUGGGGAGGAACUGGUUGAGGAGUCUUCUACUUCUGAUAAUUCGGCUUCUGACAAACCAUACUCAAAUGUAGACAGACUUGUGGAAGAUUCAACCCCUGUUUCCUCAGAGAUUAGUGGUUCUCCGCUGGAGCGAAUUCGUGAUGCUAGAGGAAUCGAUGUUGGAGGUGAUCUGAGUGUGACUGACAAGCACACUGAAAUGUCAGAAAUUUCUGUGGAACAACCCGAUUCGAAAUGUGUGGAACUAAGGAAUGAUUCAAAUGAACCAAUGAGCAAUUGUAGCGCCCCGGGGAAUGGAACUGCACAUGGUGGGAUGGAUGGUACCUCCAGUGAAUGUCCAGGUUCUGAAAAAGUUUAUGUUACAGGAAAUUUGAGCUCUGUGUCUUUACAUUCUGCUGAUACACAGUGCUCAAAUGUUCCCUCCGAUCACUCUUUUGAAUCAAACAUGACAAAAAAUACUACUUCCAGAGGAAAGAAGAAGAAAAAGGAGAUUCUUCAAAAAGCAGAUGCUGCGGGCACAACAUCUGACCUUUACAUGGCUUACAAAGGGCCUGAGAAAAAGAAAGAGACAGCAGCAACACCUUCAGAGAGCAGUGAUACUUCAAACCCUAGACAGGCACUUGUCCAUGGACAUCAUGCUGUUGCUGAAUCCCCCAAGGCAGUUGCACAGGUGAAAAAUGAACCAGAAGACUGGGAGGAUGCUGUCGAUGUCUCCUCGCCAAAUUUGGGAUCUGCAGAUUAUGCUGUCAAUGCAGAGAGAGGAGACGAAUUCAAAGACAUCUAUGAGAGCAUGGAAAAGAAGUACUCCCGGGACUUCCUCCUUAAGUUUGCAGAUCAGUGUACUUCUCUUCCCGAGGGCUUUGAGGUCAUGCCUGAUAUUGCAGAUCUCCUGAUCUGUGCUAAUGUGGGUGCAUCUCAUCUUGGACGCGAUUCUUAUGGUAGCCCCGGAAAAGUUAUGGAUCGACAAGGAAGUGCCUCCCGAUUAGAUCGACGCUCUGGCAAUGUGCUUGUUGAUGAUAGAUGGAUGAAGACUCCUGGUUCUUUUGGUUCAGGAUAUGGAGGUAAUGUAGGUUUCCGACCUGGUCAAGGAGGAAACUCAGGAGUUUUAAAAAACCCGCGUGUGCAGGCACCUAUAAUUUCUAGAGCGAUGCAAUCUGUGGGUCCCAUUGGAGGAAUGGGUCGAAAUAGUCCCGAGUCUGCUGAAAGGUGGCAACGUGCUGCUAAUUUCCAGCAAAAAGGUUUGAUUCCUUCUCCGCAUACUCCGCUACAGGUGAUGCACAGAGCAGAGAAGAAAUAUGAAGUUGGUAAAGUGGCUGAUGAAGAAGAGGCCAAGCAAAGACAGUUGAAGGGCAUCUUAAACAAGCUGACCCCUCAAAACUUUGAAAAACUGUUUGAGCAAGUGAAAAGUGUUAACAUCGAAAAUAUUGUUACACUAAAGGGUGUCAUUUCACAGAUAUUUGACAAAGCCUUAAUGGAGCCUACUUUCUGUGAGAUGUAUGCAGAUUUCUGCCAGCAACUGUCGAGUAAGUUGCCUGAUUUUACUGAGAAUGGCGAAAAGAUUACCUUCAAAAGAUUGCUUCUUAACAAAUGCCAAGAAGAAUUUGAGAGGGGGGAAAGAGAAGAAGAUGAAGCUAGCAGAGCUGAAGAAGGAGAAGUAAAACAAACAAGCGUGGAAAGAGAAGAAAAGAGACUUAAGGCUCGACGGAGAAUGCUGGGUAACAUUAGACUUAUCGGUGAAUUGUACAAGAAAAGGAUGUUGACUGAGAAAAUCAUGCAUGAAUGCAUCAAGGAGUUGCUCGGGUAUUCUGAGGAUCCCGAUGAGGAGAAUAUUGAGGCUCUGUGUAAAUUAAUGAGCACGAUAGGAGAGAUGAUUGACCAGCCCAAAGCAAAGGCAUUAAUAGAUGCUUACUUUGGGAAAAUGACAAUGCUGUCUAACAAACAAGAACUGUCUUCCAGAAUGAGGUUCAUGUUGAAGGAUUCCAUUGAUCUGAGAAAGAACAAAUGGCAGCAAAGAAGGAAAGUCGAGGGCCCAAAGAAAAUUGAGGAAGUGCACAGAGAUGCUGCUCAAGAACGUCACACUCAAACUAGCAGGCUUACACGUGGGCCCAUCAGUUCUUCAAUGAGAAAGGGUCCUUCCGACUUUGGUCCAAGAGGAGGCAUGCUGGCAUCUCCUGGUGCUCAAAUAGGUAACUAUCAUGGGUUACCUCAAGGCCGUGGUUUUGGUAAUCAGGAUGCUCGGUUUGAGGAGAGAACACUUUAUGACGGCAGGACAGUUCCAAUGCCUCAAAGGACAUUAGGUGGGGAGUCUAUUACAUUGGGUCCCCAAGGUGGUCUUGGUCAAGGAAUGUCCUUUAGAAGACCAGCGGUAGCGUCAUCAAGUGCUUCACAGUCUGAUAUAUCUCCGACCAGUGGAGAUUUGAGCCGAGCACCUGCUGGUUUGAAUGGUUUUGGCCCACAUAGACCUGCAAGUCCUGCUGCUUAUGGAAGAUCUAGGUCAAGUUCUCAAGAGCAGGGCCCUAGUCAUGGUAUUAGGGACUCUGCAGGUCCUGCUCUUGAUUCUGAUCUGUCUUUAGGAGCUUCAUCCGGUAUGCGUAGACAAGAUGUAUCUUCAACUGAAAACGUUUUGUCAGAGGAACGCCUACAUGAUAUGUCUAUGGCAGCAAUUAAGGAAUUUUACAGUGCCCGAGAUGAGAAGGAGGUUGGUUUAUGCAUCACAGACCUAAACUCGCCCGGCUUUCACCCAACAAUGAUUUCUCUCUGGGUUACUGAUUCAUUCGAGAGAAAGGAUAUGGAAAGGGAUCUUUUAGCUAAGCUCCUCAUUAAUCUUGUGAAAUCUCCUGAUGGCACCAUAAGUGAAGGCCAAUUGGUGAAAGGGUUUGAAUCUGUUCUGACAACUCUCGAGGAUGCUGUCAAUGAUGCUCCCAGAGCAGCAGAGUUUCUCGGGAGAAUCUUGGGCAAGGUCGUGACUGAGAAGGUAGUCCCCUUGGCAGAGAUUGGGCGGUUGAUACAAGAGGGAGGGGAGGAGCCAGGAAGCAUAGUAGAGCUCGGGCUAGGAGGCGAUGUCAUCGGGAGUGCCAUGGAGACAAUAAAAUCCGAGACGGGUGAGGCUGCGUUCGAUGAGAUACGUCGAAAUUCGGGUUUGCGGCUCGAGGAAUUCAAACCAAGGGAGCCAAACCGGUCGAAGAUAUUAGACAAGUUUACUUAGUGAAAGAGCACUGUGAUCAAAUUGUGAGGGGAUAUUGCUUCUUGUCUCUAGCGCUUCACUCAUUUGGACAAAGGGAGGUAUCUGGAGGGUUAAUAUUAGCAGUGUUCGCCUUCUGUUUUUUCCCCUUUUAGAUUUUAUUCCUUGAUCACAUAUUAAA